CACGAUUCCUUGUCUUACUUCCGUCGCGGCCGGACUGGAGCAAGAUGGUUGUAGAAAUUCAGCCAGACUGCCUUGGACUUUAUUGUGGAAGAACAUUGGAAAUUAUAAAUGGAACUGAAAUUAAUGGUGAUUGUGGGGUAUGUCCCAGAGGACAAAGAAGUGAUGCCUAUAAAAUCUGUCGCGAAUGUACGGGAUCUCCAGAACGCUAUGAUUGGCUUUAUCUUGGCUUUAUGGCAAUGCUGCCUCUCAUUCUGCAUUGGUUCUUCAUUGAAUGGUAUUCAGGGAAAAAAAGUUCCAGUGCACUUUUUCAGCACAUCACUGCUUUAAUUGAAUGCAGUGUGGCAGCAAUUGUUACUUUGCUUGUAAGUGACCCCUUGGGAUCCCUGCACAUCCGUUCAUGCAAAGUGAUGAUGCUUUCUGACUGGUAUACCAUGCUUUACAAUCCAAGCCCUGAUUACGUUACCACCAUUCACUGUACCCACGAAGCGGUCUAUCCUCUCUACACCAUUGUAUUCAUAUACUACGCAUUCUGUUUAGUGUUGAUGAUGAUGCUUCGUCCUCUGCUGGUAAAGAAGAUUGCUUGUGGGCUGGGAAAGUCAGAUAGAUUUAAGAGCAUUUAUGCAGCUCUUUACUUCUUCCCAAUUCUGACCGUGCUUCAGGCUGUUGGAGGCGGCUUGCUCUACUAUGCUUUUCCAUAUAUCAUCAUAGUGUUAUCUCUUGUUACCCUAGUUGUCUAUCUAUCAGCUUCUGAAGUAGAAACUUUCAAAGAUCUGCUUGUCAGGAAGAAAAGGCUUAUCGUUCUGUUUAGCCAUUGGCUGCUUCAUGCCUACGGAAUUAUCUCCAUUUCCAAGCUGAGCAACAUUUACCAGGACUUGCCUUUGCUGGCCUUAGUGCCUGCACCAGCCCUUUUUUAUUUGCUAACUGCAAAAUACACAGAGCCAUCUCGGAUAUUAUCUGAGGGAGCAAAUGGACGUUAAUUGUAACUGAUAACAGUCUGGGUAAGUAGCAUAUACAAGAGGGUUAGUCUUCUUAGAUCCAGCUCUCCUUACCUUAGUUGUUAAUUUGCUGUGGAUCAACUUUCAAGUAAAGUUUUUUUUUUUGAGAAUCAAAACUGGACAACUCUGUACCAACUGGAAGGUAAAUUUUCUAAACAGUGUAGAUACCCAGUGUGGGUAAUGCUUUGAGACUCUUUAUCAGCUGCAAAAGCCAAGGACCCCUGAAUAACUUUCUAGGCUGGUCUUGUAUAUAUGUUUUAUAUUUGUCUGUUAUGUGUGAAUAAUUUGUACAGCAUACUUGAAAAUAGUGUUAUUUAUUGAUUUCACAGCACAGUAUUUUCUCACAUUGAAUCUGUAUUCGUAGAAGAAUAAAACAUUCAGUAUUCUAACUUCAGUUUAUAAGGCCUUGUAGUCUGUUUUAUCCUAGAG